AUGGCGACAGUUGACACAAACGUGUGGUUCAACAUGUCGGGAGAUGAUAAUUUUGCAAAUGAUGUCGAAGGUGAUAUACUUGUGCCCUAUAGCAAAAAUACACAAGAUCCGAGACAACCGGAUUUCAAUACAUUAGAUGAACCAAUUAGGCAAACGGUUAUGAGAGAUUUAAAAGCAGUCGGUGUUAAAUUUAAAUAUGUUCUUUUUCCUAGAGAUAAAGAAAGUAAAAUGUUAUUAAAAGAAUGGGAUUUAUGGGGACCUUUAUUAUUAUGUACAUUUAUGGCUGUCGUAUUACAAGGUUCUAGCGAUGCGGGUUCAAACGAUGGUGGACCUGAAUUUGCUGAAGUAUUUGUUAUUGUUUGGGUAGGAGCUAUGAUAGUUACACUUAAUUCUAAAUUAUUAGGAGGCAAUAUGUCAUUUUUUCAAAGCGUUUGUGUAUUAGGUUAUUGUUUAUUAUCUCCUGCCAUUGCUCUUAUUUUAUGCAGAGCUGUUUUAUUGGCUGGAAGAUCUAUGACAUUAUUCAUAUUGCGCCUUGUAAUAGCAUUAAGUGCUUUCGUUUGGUCCACAGCUUCGUGUAUGGUAUUCUUAGGUCAGAGUCAAGCUCCCGGUAGGAAAAUAUUAGCCGGUUAUCCUGUUUGUUUAUUUUAUGCCAUAAUAUCAUGGCUCGUCAUAUCUCACACCGAUUAA